GUGUUGUAAAAUACUCCGUUUGCGAAUAUGUGCAACACUAAACAGUAGCAAAACGCACGAUAAGUAAAUAAACCGGCAUCACUUUUAGUAAAUAAGUAAUACAAUGUCUGAAGAGGCGCCAAGUACUUCUACAUUUGGCUUCAAGAAGCGUAAUUUCAACAAAGGUUCGGGUAUGCGGCGGAAGAAAGUCAGCAGCACCAGCAGCAAUGAUUCGGCAAAAAAUAGCGACGAGGAGCUGCAAAGUAAAACAAGUGCCUUAGUUCGUGCUGAAAAUCGUCGAAAGCGUACUAAUCCAAACUUCCAGAGCACUAAAUCGUUAUCUAAACGUAAGGCGGAAAUAGGCUCCAGAUUCGACUCAUCAGGCAGCGACGCUGACUCGGCGGGGGUUAGCAAUGCCGUGGGUGUGGCUUAUAAAUCGAAGCGCGAAGCUAUUUCUAGUGGACCUCAGGAUCAGGGCGCCACUGCCGUUAAUGAAAUGGAUACGGAACUGGAUCGCGAUGCCCAGGCGAUACACGCGCGCUCACUUAAAAUCAAUGAAGAACUCGAGGGAAAAGCGGACGAUAAGAUCUAUCGAGGCAUUAAUAAUUAUGCGCAAUAUUACAAAAAGAAGGACACAGCGGCGGGCAAUGCUAGCUCGGGCAUGGUGCGCAGUGGGCCCAUACGGGCCCCGGCGCAUCUACGUGCGACUGUACGUUGGGAUUAUCAGCCAGAUAUCUGUAAAGAUUUUAAAGAGACAGGCUACUGCGGCUUUGGUGAUAGUUGCAAGUUUUUACAUGAUCGCAGCGACUAUAAAGCCGGCUGGCAGCUAGAAAUGGAUCACGAGGCGCAACGGCGCGGAGAUUGUGACUCGGAUGGGGAUGAGCAUAAAUAUGAGAUCCACUCGGACGAGGAAUCCCUGCCAUUCAAGUGUCACAUAUGCAGGCAAAGCUUUGUUAAUCCUGUGGUCACCAAGUGCAAGCAUUACUUCUGCGAGAAGUGUGCGCUGGCCCAGUACAAGAAGUCGCAGCGUUGCAUAAUUUGUUCACAGCAAACCAAUGGCAUUUUUAAUCCUGCCAAGGAGUUGAUAGCUCGCCUGAAAACAGCACCCACGGACGAGCUAGAUGAUGAUGAUGAUGACGAUGACAACAAUGAGAACGGUCAUCAUGACAAAAAUAUAGAGCAAGCGUUGCCAGUUUCCUCCAAUAGCGAAAGUGAAUAAGUAAGCCAGGUUUUUUAGGCUGGGUACUGCGCCUUUAAAAAUGUGCUCUUAAAAGUGGUCAAUUUAAAAAUAAAAAUUUUAUUUUUGUAGACUAGUGAAUUCAUUAUUUUCGCUUAGUAGCUGCUAAACCAUACAAGCUUUAUUCAAAACACAAACUGUUAUAA